GAGAACCUCCUGUCUGGAGUUCUGCUGAGUCAUGCUCAGGGAUGGUGUUCAUUAACUGCAGCAGGGUGUCUCCUGUAGGCUGCGUGUGAUUGGCUGAGCUCAGGGAGGUGGGUCUCCUUCAACAUCUGGAGAAGUUUAACUCUGCUCUGUCUUUCAGAAAAGUCUGUGAAGCUGAGAGGAGCAGCAGAAACCGUCCAACAUGUCCUUCAUAAGAACUGAUGAGACGUCUGACUUCUCCUACCAGAACCUUCCGUAUGGAGUCUUCUCCACGUCUGACAAUCCCAAACACCGUAUUGGUGUAGCUAUUGGAGACCAGAUCCUGGACCUGGGUGUGAUCAAGUCUUUGUUUGGAGGACCUGUGAUGUCCACACAGCAACAAGUCUUUGAUCAGCCAACCCUGAAUGCUUUCAUGAGUCUUGGUUAUGAAGCCUGGACAGAGACCCGGACCACCCUGCAGACGUUGCUGUCAGCCAAUGAGAGCACUCUGAGAGAUGACAUCAGUCUUCGUAGCAGAGCUUUUGUCCCUCAGAAGACAGCCUCCAUGCACCUCCCUGCAGACAUUGGAGAUUACACAGAUUUCUACUCAUCCAAAGAUCACGCCACCAAUGUUGGCAUCAUGUUCAGAGGGAAGGACAACGCCCUGAUGCCUAACUGGUUGAGGCUCCCUGUUGGGUACCACGGUCGAGCAUCGUCUGUGGUUGUUUCUGGAACCCCCCUUCACCGCCCUGUGGGUCAGAUGAGACCUGAUCAAACGAAGCCUCCGGUGUUUGGACCCUGUAAGCAGUUGGACUUUGAGCUGGAGAUGGCAUUCUUUGUGGGGGGAGGAAACCAGCUGGGCCAGCCCAUCCCCAUUGACCAGGUCCACAAACACAUCUUUGGGAUGGUUCUGAUGAAUGACUGGAGCGCCAGAGAUAUUCAAGCUUGGGAGUACGUUCCUUUAGGACCAUUCCUGGGGAAGAACUUUGGGACCACCAUCUCUCCCUGGGUGGUACCAAUGGAGGCACUUUUACCCUUUGCAGAGCCCAAUCCUAUCCAGGAUCCAGAACCACUGCCUUACCUGCAACAUCAGGAUCCAUACACCUUCAACAUCAACCUGUUUGUGUCUCUAAAAGGUUACUGUGAAGGGAACGGUUUCAGAGUUGGUUUUGGAUCUUGUCAGGGAACCAUCCUUCCUGCCCUGCAGCUCUGAAGUGGUCCAUUCAGCUGUCAUUUGUAAGAUUCUUUACAGGACCUCUGACCCCCACCAUCUGAACUCAUUUAAACCUGCUGCAGGAUCUGAUGAGUGUUUUUACUUUUUGACUAUUUUAUAGACAUGUAGUUGUUGUGUACAUGAGAACAAGCAGUUUGUUUUGUUCAAUUUGUUCCUUUUUAGCAGCAAAGAAACAAAAUUCAUGUUUACAGCUUGUUUUAUCUGAAAAAAACCUCAACUUUCAGGCUGUUAAUUUAAUUAUAGUGUGAAGUUUGAAUGUGGGUCCAUGUUUAGAGACAAACUGAUUUUUACACUAUUGCUCUACAUUUUCAGAUGGACUGUCAGUGCUCUGACUGCUGACCUUUGUUUUCAAACUUUGAAAUAUUCAGUCAGCUGUGUAGCUUUAACUCUAAGAAUAUUUUCCUGAAAAGAUUUAAUCUUACUGAUUAUUUUUGUUUCCUUGAGAUUUACACAGAAGUUGUGUAUUUGAAUACUAAACAUGUUUAACACUGACUGUUUGCAGCAAAAUAAAUCAUCCUGACUGAAAACCUCA